UACCAAAAAGAUAAAUUAACGGAAAGAAGACAGUUGUGUCGUGAACAGAGAAUAAAGCGAUUGUCAGGAAAGCAUGUCGGUUGAUUUCCAUAUCAUAUACCACGAAGAUGAUGAAAAUGAUGCCCGGUAUGCCCGAGAGAUCAUCAAUCGCUUAACUUCUGACAAAUUUUCGAUGUACGAGUCGCAUCCAGGGAAAACCUUUCUGGCAUGCGCAACAGAGGGUAUUAAGAUGAGCAGAGUCGUGUUUGUGUUGUUGUCAAAUGAAGCCAUCACGAGCAAAUGGUGGGAAAUGUGCGUACAUAUGGCCUUAUGCAACAGCCUAGGACUCUUGAACUCCGAGAAUAUCAUCCCGAUCUGGUUACCGGAAUUCGAUCCUAAGUUGAAUCCGCUUGAGUUACAAACUUGCGAAAAGCUUUGCUAUGAAGAUAGUGAUCGUUUUAGGACGAAAUUGCGAAAAUGCUUUGCUCAGCAAUGAAAGUCAAUCGCCAUCUGAUCUAGAUUGUGUGUCUGUGCGUGGGUGUGUGCGUGUUUGUGUGAAUUUCAGGGUAGAAUUAUGUGACAAUGUGAUAAUAUCAUCAAUGUCCACACUACCAAUACUGCAAGUUGCAUAGAUUCGAUCCAGCGUCCAUCCACGACUGAGCCAUAACAUUAACUCAGUGACAAAUGGAGAGUUACAGGUCAGCCGUUGGUAUUCAACAGUGGACGGGAUCUAUAGAACUGCUAAAACAUCAAGUUUGUAACAAUGACAAUAUAUUUAGCGUUCAUAAUAUAUUUUAUUAUCAUAAAAUGAGAAUGUUCAUAUAUAUGUUACACUGAAUUAAAUAAUUUUAAAAAUCUCCGCGUGAUUUAUGAGAUUUCAAAAAUAUGCAUCUUUUUAUAUGUCAGUCAUUUAAAUUAAAAUAUUCUAAUACAUUUACCUGUUUAGAACGUUUUAUUAGUUAUUAUACAAAUAUUUGCAUGUAGUGCAAGCCUUCAUUCUCAUCGAACACGAGAAUAAGCGAUAUCGCGGGUUCAGUAACCUGGCACAUUUAGUAUAGAUUUAUUUUAUUGAAAUGCGAAGAUAAUAUACAUUGUUCGGUUCUUUGAAAGACAAUGGAAACCAAUGAAGUGUUGGACCGAUUUGAAAUUGAAUUCACAAAAUGAGAGCGCACUACUUAAAUAGGAGCGGGUCUUUGACUUAGUAAGUCAAUGUAUGUGUUUUGUACUUCGUUAACAUUAAACCAUUUGUUAGUCGGAUAUCGCCAAAACUAGUGGCUUGGGUUUAAGAUGCCAUUUUGCGGUUUAGCGUCCACGUGGGCGAAAGUGGCGGCUGUGAUGGUCGUGGCGUCUAUGGGGCUUCACGCCAGCGGAUAUGGCACCAACUACUGGAUGGCUAGGUACACAGUUAGGGACAAACUGAACUUUGGCAUCGGUCUGUGGAAGAUGACGAACUGUUCAGGUGGACACAAUUACCCGUGCUCAGACUCAGACUUUCCCUCUACUUACAACAACACUAAAGUAACGGUUGUUCGCGUGUUCGAGUCUCUCGUGCUGAUCAUGAUACUCGUGUGUAUGGUGUGUCUGAUUUUCUACGUGGGCUCAAUCCGGUCCCGCACUCGGGGAAUGGCCAUCGCUGUCAUGUCCAUGCUCUUCCUCGCAGCGACCUUUGGUGUCAACGGUAUGGCGGUAUGGGUUACCCAAGUACCACAGUACCACUACCCGAGCUGGUCGUUCGGCCUAACAGUGUUCGCCAUCACGGUCAACAUCACCGCCGCCAUUCUUCUUAUUCCGGACGUCCGCGAGUACGACUACAAGGAUCUGCUCAAGGUCGGUGGCCACUAUGACAACCUCGAGGUCUCCCGAGAAGAUAGCCAUCAUGCGGCGAGUGGGAAACCUAAGCCAGGGUCAGCAGGUGGAGUGGCGAGGUCGGCGGACUUCAGAGACGACAUGAAGCCUGUCAUCGAGUCACAGGGGCCUAAAGCUGCUCCUACGUAUCAGUACCUGCACUACGACAAGCGACGGAAGAUGGACGGAUUCUGAAUAGUGAUCUCAUUGCAUUUCAGUUGUAGUAAAUGCGUUUCGAUUCUCGGGAAUGUUUUAUUAUACAGUUGAAAUAUUGUCUUUCCUCAAUGUUAUUUAUUUCAAAUAGUUUGAAUAUUUAAAGACUUGUCGAACAAACGUUGGUUUUGUUCAUUUAUCGUCAACCAUUGAAUGAAUGUUUGUGUUUCACGCAAUAUAGUUUAUAAUUUAGUACGUAUUUCAUAUGACAAAAUGAUUUGCUAUAUAUAUAGGAAGUACCUUGCCCCGUCCGUUCAUCUUUCAAAGGACAUUGGGACAAGCCUACUUUUCUCCUUAAAUUAACUCCAUAUGAUUUUGAGGUAUUGUCUUCAAAAAUCAUACACAUAUUAAGUGUGUUGAGGUGAAGUGCUGUUCAAGGAGAACACUAUUUAAUCUAUGGUAUUUUUAGAGUAAUUUCCCUUCGAUUAUUCUUUUACCUUUUUUUUCUUCUUUCAAUAACUCCGUGUGAUUUUGUUGUAUUAAUACAUAACUGUGUUGUGAAGAAGUGCUUUGCAUGAGAAACAUUA